AUGGUCGCCUUGCUUGGACCUCUAGGUUACCAAUUGACUUCAACUAAUUUGUACUCGUGGCCCAAUAAAGGCGACCCCGCCUUGGCAUGCGCGACCCGCGACCUGCGACGUGCCAUUAGCGCCGCGCAUUCAAUAAUAAUGAACGAGCCACACCAAAAUAUCCCCUGUUUUACACCCACUCGCUCGCUCGAUCCGCCGCCGCACCGACCGACCGCAUUUUAUUUUUUCGCUGUCGCACAUUUCGCCGUCAUAGCUAUUUCCACUCGAGGCAUUAUACUCGCAUACGUGUGUGAGUCAGUCCACGUGGACCGCUCCGUCGUCGUCGAGCGGAAUCCGCCGAACACCGCUCGCCGGUUGGUGCAAACGUGUCGAUCGCUUAUUAAGGGCGGAGUUACACGCGAUUCUGCUCCGCCGUUGGCUGGAUCCGCGCGCGGAGGCCCUGGGGUUGGUGGAGGUGAUUUUUAUAAGCGCGGCAGUCCACGUGGACUCGUUUAUCUAUUCAGACGCCGGCGGCGCGGUCGCGGGGGGAGGCCGGGGGGUAUACGGGCAAUCAGUAAAGGCGGGAGGAAUACGGCCAUAUUUAUAAGAGCUGCGGGGAUGCAAUCACGAAGCGGCUCGGGGGUCGGCGGGCGGUCGGGGGGAGAGGCGGCGGCCAUUUUGAGGGCAGCUCUUUUUAUUCGUUUUUCGCGCGGGGUGCGUCGGCGACGGGAGCGCGCCGUGCGCUAA